AUGAACUCUUAUGUUUCUUUCCCGCAUCCCUCAGGAGAAGUCAAUACGAAGCAGCAUCAAUUUGACGACACAAAGCCACAUGAAUCUCCAAGCUCUAAGCACCAAAAGCAAUCUGCGGAUAUGGAGAACACCGAGCAUGAAAUAAGACUACUUAAAAAACGUCUACGCGAACUACAAUCCAGUAUUCACCGCCACAGGCGCAAGGAAAAUGAGCUUCAAAAACUCUUGUCUAUGCAGCAAUACGAUUUUUACUGCUUUAAGCAAAGCUUUACAGACCUACAGAAGGAAAACCUGGCCCUUGUUACGAAAUGCGAUCGCUACCGAUCCGAGCGCGAUAAAGCACGAUAUCCCACUCUCUUUGCUGAUUGUGGCGCUGCGUAA